AUGGGAAGAAAAAAGAAAACUGUUUCAAAUCAAAAGGCAAUAAGAAUUAGUCCUGCAGCUAAGGCAGCAGAAACUGUCACCAGAAAAUAUAAAGCUGGUAGAAAAUAUCCUAAAUCUCCAUCAAAGAGGACAAAGAUGUUCAGUGCAAAGGAGGAAGAAGCUACGGCAAAAUGGCUUAGUGAAAUGGCUGAGAGGGGCAUGGGCUUUAAACCAAGUGAAUUUUUGGAUUUUGUUGAAACUGUAGUCAGAAGAGAAAAUAGAAAGACACCAUUUAAAAACAACAGGCCGAGCUAUGACUGGUAUUACAAAUUUAUGUCAAGAAAUUCUCACAUAGUAAAGACUAGAAAAGAAACUCCACUAGAGACAUGUAGAGCAAAAUUAACAAAGGAGAAAACUGAUAAUUGGUAUUCUAAAUUCAAGAUUUUUCUUACUGAGAAAGGACUGAUUGACAACCCAGGGCGAGUAUGGAAUGCUGAUGAGACUGGUUUUAGUGUAGGCAGCAUAGCUGGGAAAAUCAUAGGCCCUAACAAGAAAAGCCAAGUCCCACAUGUGGCUGGUGGACACAGCAAACAGAGGUUUACUGUUAUGUUCUGUGGUGCAGCUAAUGGGCAAAUGAUACCACCUUUUAUCAUUUUUCCGGAACCAAAACCCAAUGGGUAUAAUCCUUUGACAGGGGCUGUGAAAGACAGUGCAAUUGCAUACACCAAGAAGGGUUUGAUGGAUUCUGCAACAUUCAGAAUUUUCCUAGAGCAUUUCAACACUUAUGCAGGAAGUGAACGACCUGUAGUGCUUUUAUUUGAUAGUGUUAGUAGUCACAUUGACAUGGCAACUUUUGAACAUGCUAAAAAAUGUGGAAUAGAGUUAUAUCGUCUAUUGCCAAAUGCAACCCAUGUCAUGCAACCUCUUGACAAGGAUGGAAAUGUCAUCUCAGAGGACCAGCUGAAGAGUGGUUUAACAUUUGACAAUACAAUGACUGAUCAUACCUCACCUACAACAGCAAUACCUGAACAAUUGGCAACCCAAGAAAAACAAUUCACAACAAAGGAGAUUACAGAAGAUGAAAAGAUGAAGAUUUCAUUUGAGGCCUUUCAGAGUGUGUUAAACACACCAGUUCGAGAAAAGUAUGAAAGACGGAUGAAAAAGGGAUAUGACAUACAAGAAAAAUCACCAGGUUUUGAUGCAUAUCAGAAAUUGUAUAAGAAAUCACAUCUACUUAACAGUCCCAAUGAGGAGUCUCAUCCUGAGAUACUAUCAGGACUAGAAUUGCUAGUAGUGAGGAUCACACAGACCAGUGUUGUACUAGUAUUAGUACAAGUACUGGUAUAUCUCCCGUGUUAA